AUCUCCACGAUGAGCCAUCGGAAGCUUCACGUUAUCAUCGUCGGUGCCUCAGCCUCUGGCUUGACCCUCGCUCACUGUCUAUCCAGCGCCGGUGUCGACUUCACCGUUCUCGAAGCCAGGACAAGUCAGAUCUCUCAUGGUGCCGGGCUCGUCAUUCAGCCAAACGGGGCCCGCAUUCUAGACCAACUGGGGCUGUAUGAUGAGGUACAGCGGCAGGCAGAGCGCAUCGCCUCGCACAGCACAUGCUUCGACAAUGGGCGUCUCCUCCUGAACGUUGACACUCGGUUUCUGACUUCCCGGCGGAAUAGGACCGGAUAUCCACUUUUCAUCAUCUCACGACAAGCAUUGCUGAGUAUCCUCUUCGACCAUCUUCCUCGUCGAGACUGCGUACGCUUUGGCAAAAAGGUCAUCCGAGUUGCACCAUCACCUGGGGAUGUCACAGUCCACACCGCCGACGGCUCCGCACUUGCCGGAGAUCUGGUCGUCGGGGCAGAUGGCGUCCACUGCGCUCCCAGAUGUGGCAAUAUAUUCGGAAGGGAAAUACCGUUAGAAACCUCGUUUGCGGGUGUGUUUGGGAUUGCCGAGUCCGUCAAAGGACUCAAACAGGGAGUAGCCUAUCGUACGUUUGGAACAGGCUGGUCGAUGAAAGUCAUGGUUGGGAUGAAUGCGCAGGUUUUCUGGUACGUCUCCAUGAUAUGCCCGCAGUUGAGGGGGCAAGCGUGGCGACGUCAACAGGGCAAGACAAGCGUCGGGCCCAUGUUGGCACCAUUUCUCAAUAAGCAUGUCUCCCGGGAUAUCUUCUUUGGGGAAAUCUAUAACCGCACAAGUUCGUUCACUUACGUACCGAUCGAGGAGUCUUUCCAGAACCAAUGGUCAGCAGGGCGGUUUGCAUGUAUAGGAGACGCAGUGCACAAGAUGACACCCAACAUAGGACAAGGAGCGAAUUGCGCUAUGGAGACAGCUGCUUCCCUUGGCAAUUAUAUCCUCCUGGCCAAUGACACCUACGCUACCUGCACGGAGGCCUCGCUUGAGUCAAUGCUGGGGGAUUGGGAGAACGACCGCAAAGGCCGGAUGAGGCUGUUCUAUUGGGUGUCAAAGUCAGCAGUACGCAUUGAAGCAGGCAGGAGCUGGUGGCUGAGAAUUCUUCGAUCUUACUUGAGUUACUUUCACGCUACAAUGAGCAUUGUGCUCCUCGGUGACAUCACUCCACAAACGGCACGAGUACAGCAUCUCCCGUUGCCUCUGCGAC